AGAACAUUUAUAAAUGUGUCGCAUUAUAAUACCUACGCACGAUUUUAGCUCUAGUUGUUGUUUCUAUUACCUAUCAAAAUAGCCUUCAGAGGAGACUUAUUAGCAAGACUUUCAAUUCAACAAAUGUUAAAAAAUUAUUUAGGCGCAGAAAUGAUUCAUUCAAGGUCGAAAACAGCUCCCUGCUGCAUUAAAUCCAAGCAAGAGUCAAGUUCAUUGGUGCAUUAAAAUUACUGUUUUUGCCGACUUUGUGAAAAUCUAAUGGGUAACAAUCUCAAGAAAAUGAUAACUCCUGAAGAAUAUCAUCAGGCAACGGAUGACUUUGAGCCAGUGGAAACGUUCAAAUUUCAUUCUACGUUCUCUGAAGAUUCAAAUAAUGGUUUGUAUUUCAACGAUUUUUACUUACCUGAAGAAAUCGUCACGAUUAUCCUCAAUUACAUCCCUCCUAAGCAAGUUUUAAAAGCGAGCCUUGUUUGCAAAAAAUGGUGCAACAUUAUCAAGUCUGAUUCAUUCUGGUCCGAUAUUUAUUCAAGACAGUACAAUAAAAAACCGAAAAAAUUGCCUUGGUACGUUUAUUACUGUCUUCUAACAAGUGAUUAUUUUGAUAAGAAUUUAAUAAAAAAUGGAAAUGGACAGAACCAAUACCAACACUGGAAAAUUGUGAUGAAUUAUGGUGAUGGCUUUAGAAUUGAAGACCCGCCUUGUGGUUCGGACCCACUUCCGUCUGAUACUCCUGAAUUUAAUGGAAAAACUAGCUGUUUUGCAACUUCUUACUAUGAAUGUAAUAAAUUCCAAGACGUGUCUUUAAAUAACAGACUUUUGAGACUUAUUUUUAUGAAAUAUAAGCCACACAUUUAUUUAAGUGAAUGGGUGGCUGCUAGAUUUGAUUGCGGCAGCGUUUAUCGUUUGAUUUGUAAACUGUAUGGUCGCAAACAAGAUAAAACUAAAAGCCGCUCUAAAACAUCUAAUGAAGAAUAUAGUAGUGAUGACACUGAAGAAGAAGAAACAGAAGAACCUCUCCAUGUUGAACAGAAAGAAUUAAGAGUGGAGCAGUGGGCUGGUGCUACUUGGUCUAAGGUUGAAAUGGUUGUCAGUGAGUAUCCUCCAGGAGUAAACAGGAUUAUCUUUCAACAUGAAGGAAGAGAUACGCAGUUUUGGAAAGGCCACUACGGUAGUAAGAUGGCUGGGGGCGUUUUAAAAAUAUUAUUUGAUUCAAUUGAGCCUCUGGAGUAAAUGUGAUUGUUAUGCUUUGAAAAUCUAAUAUAAAGAAAUGUUACCAAUUUCAAAUUCUAUUGUACUCGUAUUUUGUCUUAAUAAAUUUAAUAAAAGUU